UUGCAAGUCCCAAAUGGAGGAUAGAAGCAACCCUGAAAUUUCUCUCGAGGUUCCUCCUUACCUUCGAGUAUACAAGGAUGGAACCAUAGAGAGAAUAGCCGGAAAACAAGUUGCUCCUGCGGGCAUCGAUUCCGACACCAACGUUGUUUCCAAAGACAUCCUCGUCGUCCCAGAAAGAGGUGUCACGGCCAGGCUGUAUCUUCCCAAUUCCACCGCCAAAACCACCAAGCUUCCUUUACUUCUCUACUUUCAUGGUGGGGCCUUUUGCAUCUCUUCAGCCUCCGACCCCCUUUACCAUAAUUCCCUCAACAAAAUCGUUGCCGAAGCUAACGUUGUUGCUCUCUCCAUCAAUUAUAGGUUAGCACCAGAACAUCCACUUCCAACCGCGUACGAUGAUUCUUGGGCUGCGAUUCAAUGGGUUGCUUCUCAUGCUGCGGGUCAGCAUGAAGAAGAUAAUGAAAAUUGGCUCAGGGACAACGUUGACUAUGACAGGGUGUUCUUGUCUGGUGACAGCGCAGGUGCUAACAUUGGACACUACAUGGCUUUAAGGUUACAUGCUCUUAACUCUUGUCAUACAAAGGAUUUCAAGGUUCCCGGUCUUAUCAUGGUGAAUCCUUAUUUCUGGGGGAAGGAACCCAUUGGCGUGGAGAUCAGUAAUACAGAGAGUAAGAAAAUGGUGGACUUGUGGUGGGAUUUUGUUUGUCCCUCUGAUAAAGGGUGUGAUGAUCCUCUAAUCAACCCCUUUGUGGAGGAAGCUCCGAGUUUUGAAGGGAUGGGUUGCAACAAGGUUCUUGUUAUCAUUGCCGAGAAAGACAUAUUGAAGGAAAGAGGGAAGCUUUAUCAUAAAAAAUUGGUGAACAGUGAUUGGAAAGGAACGGCUGAGUUUUAUGAGACUCUUGGAGAGGAUCAUGUCUUUCAUAUCUUCAAUCCCAAUUGUGACAAAGCCAAGAGCUUGUUUAAACGCAUUGCUAGUUUCAUUAAUGAACAAUGAAGCAUUAGAAUGAUAGUGUUGUCGCUGCUGCUGUGUUGUUUGUGUGUGGAUGCAUAAUGUUUAAUAAGAAUGAACAAAGGUUAUGAAGCUGUUCCGUGUUUAAUUGAAGUCGAAUCAUGGUUACUUUUACUCGUCAAUAGUUCUAUAAAUUUGCGCAAUUGAGUUACUCAUGUUUCAUGUUAGAAAUCCAUGAAUCUUGUUUUGUUUGCCUGUUUCUUAUUACGGUCUUAUGCUUUAUUACCUAGCUAUGUAUAUUCUAUGAACGAGUUUUAUGAAGGAUUCGUACCUUAUUAAAUAUUAUCCGGGGUUCACCUU